UUGGUCGUAUUCAUAGAUACCUGAAAAAGCGAACUCUGAAUAACGCGCGCGUUGGGGCUAAGGCCGCCGUUUAUUCAGCAGCUAUUCUGGAAUAUCUUACAGCCGAAGUCCUCGAGUUAGCGGGAAAUGCAUCUAAAGAUCUAAAAGUUAAACGUAUUACACCACGUCAUCUGCAAUUGGCCAUUCGCGGUGACGAAGAACUAGAUACGCUGAUUCGUGCUACAAUCGCUGGUGGUGAAUCAGCUGUCGUACGAAACAUUAAGUCAACCAUCUCCAUGAUAAGAAAUUCUAAGCAUGAUUCAUUCACAAAAACAGGCUUAACGGUAUUUCCCGUCAUGGAGGUAAUUGAAUUCGGUGAAUCAUCUCCUGAUGCUAAAGAAGUAAAAAAAGGUGUUAUUGCAGAGGAAGCGGUUUGA